AUGUCUCCUCCUUAUUCCGCUCAUCCCACCGAGCAAACCGCUCAGUCCACCGAUCCUGCUAUCCAAACCUCCGAGAAUGGAAAAACCGAACCAACCGACACCCGCGAAUUCGCUCACGUCCUGUUCGAAAUCAAAACCUCACCCAAGAAACUGACCCCCAUCCUGCUCGAGUCGCUGCACCACAAACUCCACCACAGCGACGUCAAGGUUUACCCAUCCUUCGACGUUCUCCGAGCCGCCGGCGCCAUCAAGCGCGGCAACGUGGUCUUUGCCUUGCCCGCUGCGGGCCUGAAUGUCGAUCAGAUCACCAUGGCUGUUCGGUUGCAGGUCCAGCAUUUGAUCAUGGACUGGGACAAGGGCGAGCUGAGCGAUGGUUCGGCCUGGGAUCUUGACGGGGGAGAAUGGGUGGACGACAUGUGA